AUGACUAGAUCAAGAUCAAGGCCUCACACCAGUUCUCAAGAUAAGUCCAGAACCAUCAUCUCCACAGUGAAGGACCCAAUAUCCACCAAAGAGUUGUUGGUGAGAUUGCAAGCCUUAAGUGAUGAGCUUUCUGCCGUGGAUCAGGAAAAGGUGGACUUGAAUGAUUACAAACAAGUCCUGGAAGACUUGGUCAACAAGAAGCUUUUGGCACAUCUGAACUCGGGUGUACAGGCAUAUGUGUGUGCAGCGAUAUCAGAUAUCUUGAGAAUCAAUGCACCUAACGCCCCAUUCACUGCAGCACAAUUAUCGGAAGUUUUCAGGGCAUUCUUCAAACAAUUCAAAAAACUCGCCGAUCCAGAGAAUCCAUAUUUCCAGCAGCAGUGUUACAUCCUCAAACGUCUCGCAGAAGUGAGAUCUGCAAUCCUUAUUACUGAUUUGCCCGAUGCAGAGUCCUUAAUUCAGCUAGUGUUUGAUACCUUCUACGGAUUGUCCGCCACAGAUUUGCCCACCAGACUUGAACCAUUGGCCAGUGAUAUUCUAUCCGAAAUCAUAUCGGAAUCGGAGGUGAUUCCUCAUGACGUACUCAAACUAAUAUUGAAUCGCUUCUUAACUCCAAUCCCACAGGAGUCUGCAUUAACUUCCACUUUAAACUCAAACAUUUCAAAUACGGGCUUCAAUUUUUCGAUGUAUAUCAGCGAGAAUAAUUUGGAUCGUAUGUCCCGCUUGGUAGCUCAGUAUUUUUCUGAGAUGUUAUAUGAGACUACAAAUCUACCAAUAGACCAGGAGGGUGAUGCUCUGAAGUCGAAAGAGAAAAGAAUAACCAAUACUCUAGAUAAAUUGCAAAAGAUCCAUCUACUUUCCAUUCAAAUUUGGAAAUAUAUCCCUGAGCUAUUAAGUUCAGUGAUGGCAUUAAUUGACGAUGAAUUGAAUGCAGAUGACGAGAGAGUAAGAAUAUUAGCAACUGAAACUAUAGGGAAAAUGAUUGGCUCUUCAAAUAAUUAUAUUGCCCCUACAAUCACUUCAAAAGUCAACUUUUUCAUUUCACAUAGAGAUACAUGGACUAACUGGUUAAAGAAAACUACAGACAUCUCACCUCAGGUGCGUACGAAAUGGGUUCAACAAUUUCCUCAAAUCAUGAACUCUCUUACUUCGACUACAACAGAGGUGAAUCAAUCUUUAACAAAUUGCUUGUAUAAAUGUAUUCUUGAUACUGAUGAAAGGGUCCGAGAAGCAGCAUGUAUUAGCAUCUCCAAAAUUCCUUUUGAAUCUUUCACAGCCAAGGUUUGCAAUAAGAAUAUUAUGAAUACAUUGACCCAUUUGACAAGAGAGAAAAAUCCAAAGAUCCGGAAUCAAGUCGUCAAAUUCUUUGGAUCUUUGUACAACAACUAUAUGGAAGCCCUCAACUCUAAUAAGGUCAUAGAUUUCGGCAGUCAUGAGGAAAAUGAAAUAGCAGAGCUUGAAAAGUUGAUUACACAAGUGAUACCGAAUCAGCUUUUAUCAUUGAUAUACAUCAAUGAUAAGAAUAUUACAGCCUCAGUGGAUUUCUGUAUAUUCGAGAGUUUACUCCCAAUCACCGAGUCUAGCUCGAGUAAAAGAGUCGAAAGAAUUGUGCAAUUUUAUUCAAGUUUGGAUGCUAAGGGUAAACAGUCGUUCAUAGCAAUCAACAAGAGGCAACAACAAGUAUCAAAAGUCGUUCAGACUUUUAUCGAGACAAUAUCUGACAACAAAUUCAACAGUUUGACUAUGGAAGAUAAAGAGAAUAACUCCGCUGAAAACAGGUCCGAUGAGAGAGAUAGUCCUCUGACAAAGGUUGACAAAAUACUCAAAUGGAUUUGUGUAUCUUUCCCCGAAAACUUGAAUACAUACAGUUGUCUCAAGAGGUUUUACCAAUUGAAAAAGUCAAGAUUCAUCUACUUACUUAAGAUUUGCAUUUCUACCGAGUCCGACUACAAUACUGUGAGGAAUUCGAUGAAAGAAUUGUUGAACAAAUUGGGAGAUCCAAAGAAUAUCAAACUCGAAAAUGAAAGAAACAAUGUCAGUGUCAAGGAUAUGGUCACUAGUAUGAAAUUGCUCUUGAUGAGGUCUUCAGUUCUUUUAUACAACAAAUCGAAUGUGGUGGAGCUAAUUAGAUACUCCAAGGAUCCAAGAAACAAAUGGUACCUCACUGCGAAUGAACUUCUUGAACAUAUAUCUGUUGCAAUUCCUGAUGUUUUCAAGUUUCAUAUUAAGGCUUUGACAAACUUGAUCAUCAAGGAGAACUCCAGUGAAAGUUUAUCUAAUGCAGAAACACCUCAGGGACUUCAGUUGCGGGUCAUAUAUCAUUUUAUUAAGAAGUAUCCCGAGUUGUUUCCCACAAAUAUCGAGUUUACAGAAACGCUCAAGAAAAUUGCUAUGAAUGGGUCUCCACGAGAAGCGAAGUAUAGUACAAAGAUUUUAAGUUUGAGUGACAAGAACCAGUUUUAUUUCUCAGAGAUUGUGAACAAUAUUUAUCCAUUGGAUUUAGAACAUGCAAAAUUCUCAACUCAUUUAUCUACUAUCGCUGAACUUUUCCUUGUGGAUCCAUUAUCGGUACAAGAAAAAACAGGAGACUUAACGUCUUUAUUGAUCAAGGAAGUCUUCUUGAAGAAUAGACAGAUUGAUAAGGAUGCAGUAUCCAACGAUGGUGGGUGGAUAGAUGAUGAUCAACUAGAUAAAGAUUACCAAAUACAUUCAACCUUGUAUGAAAAAUUAUUGGCAUUAAGAAUGUUUGUGAAUCGAUUGAUCGGCUUGGAAAACUCAAAUACUGAAAAGUCUUUGACAGAGAAAGAAAAGGAGGACAUAAUCAGUAAUGCUCAACCAGUACUCAAAUUACUAGUAUCAUUUAUUGGGAACAGCGGAGAAAUUAUAAAUAAGGACUCAUCUAGUUGGCCAACUCCAGAGUUGUAUAAGCUGAAAAUUCGUCUUACUGCAGGAUUAUACUUACUCAAAUUAGCCAAGUUUCCAAUCUACAGUGAAAUGAUACAUCCUACUACUCUUAGAAGGUUGACCUUUUUGUUGACAGAUCACAAUGAGAAUGUUAGAUCCAAGUUUUUGUUUGCUCUACAGAAGAAAUUGGUGAAUGAGCUCAUCUCAGAGCGGUUUCUCUCCAUUGCCUUUUUCAGUGCUAGUGAGCCGUCUGCAGAAUUGAAAGGUAAUUCUACUAUGUGGAUCCAAUCCUUAUACAGAAGGCAGCAAUCAAAGAAGAGUAUUAUGUUUGAAAAAUCCUUGGUAAGAGUUAUUCACAUGAUUGCACAUCAUGAGCAGUUUUUGUCUUUACUUGGUGCUGAAACAAGCGAAGAUCCAAGAGCCAAUGAAGGUAAUUUUAACCAAGCUUACAACUAUGCCUUGAAGUUCUUAAUAUACUACAUUAGUUUGAUUGCCAAUCAGGAAAAUAUUUCAUUGCUCUAUUAUUUUGCAAGCCGUGUCAAACAACAUAGAGAUGCGACUGUUGAUCCAGAGAUUUAUGUCAAGGCUCCGUUGCCACAGCAAGUUUUGAACUUGUAUCGAAUUGCAGAGCUAACACAAUUUGCAUUGAAAGAAUACAGCGAUCAUAAGAGUUGGCCAAUGCAAACUUGGCCAGGAAAGCUCAAGCUUCCAACAGAUAUUUAUUCUCCUAUGUUAACAAGUAAGGAGGCCCAGAAUAUCGUAAGCACUGUGUUUAUUCCCGAUUUUAUUCAACUGCAAUUAAGGGUUGUUAUCAAAAGGAAAUUAUUAGGUACAGGUGGAAAGAAGCGUGUUUCAAGUGAGGUCGAAGUUAAAGUGAAAAGGUCCAAGCCAAUUAAAGUAGAGAGGAAGCCAUCAUCGAAACCAAAGAAAAUCGCUGCCGAGCCGUCUCGAAAAAGCUUGAGGGCUACUAACAAAGUGAGCUACACAGAAGAACAUGACUCUGAUGAUUCCGAAAUUGAGAACUCUGAUGACAAUGAUGAUGAUGAUGAGGAUGAUGAUUCUUUUGAAUGA